AUGACUAUAACUUCGUCGGAGCGUAUUGCUCCAAACACCUUCGUGGACGAGGAUGACAACAAUCCUCACGAUGAGCGUCUGGACCAAGCGACGGUGACCACUGGCGAAUCUAUUGGAGAUGUCCAGGAAUUGAACCGUCCUCUUAUCGAGCAAGAAUAUAUGGAUCGCAGUUUUGCACCGGAGAAAGCCACGACGCCUGAAGCUAAAGUGGACCUAGCUCCUGGUGACAUCGAGGACAGGGAUGCGGGAACCUCAGUAGUCAACGAUCUUUCCGCUAUCUCUCCGGCCCCUGCUCCGGUGCCUUCCACCCUUUAUCCUGGAUCACCCAACGACGACUUGGUUGAGAAGCGUGCAACCACGACAACCGACCUUCCAGAGCAACCCGACAAGCACGAUACUUCUGACCCCGUCGUGGAUACCUUAGACACUCGGGGUUCUAAUAUAGGUUCGUUAGUCCAGAGGGGGAUCAAUAACAUCAACUCGGCCGUUCCUGUUGAUGACAACACUUCCCCCACGACCGACACAUUGACUUCUACCUCAACAGCUUCGAUUAAAGACAGCCUCAAUCUCUUCUACUCGGCCAAGGUCCCUGUCAAGAACUCAUCUGAUAAGAAGCCUGCCGCCAUGGCUAAAGUCGACUGGCUGAAGAAGCUGGAUGGUGUCGCGGCUCCCGACUACGACGGCGAGUGGGAGGAUUCACCGUCUCGAGGCGCAACUGUUCUGCACGAGCAGCUUCUCGAGGACGAUGUAGUAGCGGAGCCGCUCACCACACCCACACACAACCGAGAGCAUCUAGUUGCUCCAGAGGUUGCUUCUAAGCAUCGUUAUGUACCACAAACUUUCCCAAAUCUAGGAGAGAAUCUGGUGGACGAGUUGGAGGAUAUCAAUCUGGAUUCUCCAGCUAAGAAGCCUCCUAAGCAGGACUACAUUGCCGAACUGCUUGACGAAGACGCAGAUACCAUAGAGUAUCAACCUUCCAAAGCCAAGGCUUCGCAUCGAUCCGCCUUGAUUUCCGUCGCCACAAUUGCGAACAAGCAAAUCGAAACUGACGGUUUUUUCGAGGCCACCUUUGGACAGCAUCAUCCCGAGAUUUUGCGUCCAGCUCUUGCACCUGAGACACCCGUUGUCCACGGCGUGGGUCAUAGAAAUACUCCCAAGUUGCGGACUCCGGUCGGUCCCUCUCCAAUGCCAUCGUUCUCCGAGUUACGGGAUCGAGCCGGCCACAAUUUGAAGCAUGGCAGUGGUCCACAGCGCGAUUUCCCGCGAACGGCAGCUCCGAAGGACAAUCCGAUAAACGACGUGUCCAGCCGUACUAAUGUUCCUACUGCGAGUACGGAAAAUGUUGUUGAUAAGGAGUAUGCGGAUGUAUCCAUGGAUAUGCUAGAUUACGAGAUGGGUAACUGUGGGUCCAAAGAUUACCCAACGUACUAUUUCCCUGGUACCUACGAAGCGGUCAAGCACGACACCUACGAGGCAGCUAUGAAUGUUUCCUCUGCUGCAAAGUCCUUCCGCAACGCUGUUGGAAUGUCUGGCGUCGGUAAAGCGCUGUGGUCUGUCGGCGCAUUCACUGCAAAAGGUACGCGUCGUGCUGCAACGGUCCUCGGCACGCAGGCCACGAUGAGUGCUAUCAAUCUUGGCUAUAAGGAGUCUUUGCCGCCGCACGUCGCACAGUGGGCCACGUCGAAAAAUCAAGAGGAGGAGCGGAAGGCUGAGAGGAAAAAGCCGAACUACAAGCUUGUGGAUGAACCUCGCUACAAGAAGGCUGACCCAGCGAAGUACGUUCUCGAGAAGAAGCUGUCCACCGCGCAGAAAGAUCUGAUAGAUCUUGACGAUGACUUGGAGGAGGAGGACUGGACCAUGGUGAACGUCAAGGAGACUACCGACCAGACAUUGCAGCCAGCUUCAACCUGCCGUGUCCAUGGUGAAGAACCGCCCACCGGUUACCAGGAUGGACUGCCUAACACACCUUACGAGACCAUCAUGACGACUGUCGAGAGCACGGCAGGCUUUGUUGCUCAAGUCGGUCGUACAGUACGCGGCCAGGCCAUCGCGCUCGCCGACCGGCAGCGGCAGCGACAGCUUCGAAAGCAACGCGCUGAAGAGUGGCCAAAGGACGCACGUGAACUGGUGCAGAGCAAUAGGUACGAGCGGUUGCAGACGAUUGGCCGUCUCACGAGCCCUCACUAUACCAAGAUCCAUAACACGCACGGUGACCUUGCGUACCCUGACAGACCGGCUGCAUAUGAGACCGACGAUGUUUCUGACAAUUACGACGACAUGGUUCUCUCCGAUGAAGAGCUCAAGGGUUAG